UUAUCAUAAAUUAUGUUUGUCGUUAAAUCACUUUUCGGUAAAAUUAUGGGUAACGAAACGAACCCUGAACUGAUACAGCUACAAUCUGGCCAGCUAAAUUUAGUUAGGCCAAACAGCAUAAAAGGCUCGAGGGAAUGCAUAUAUAAAGAUGCCGUCGCGACAGUUAGGAGAACUACAAAAGAGUUCAACUACCAGCUCGUUGUAACACGUGCAUACGAGGAAGGUGAAGAGGAGUUGCUCGACGAAGACGAAGAGACAGACGAUGAACGCGUUUUCUUAAUCGAUCCUACGCUCAAGUUCCAUGACGCACAACACGAAGGUCAAGAAGCUUUCAGAUGGGAUGAACUCAAUGGCGACGACGGCGAUACUUGGGAGUUCGUUGUCGAUUCAAACGUAGUAAAUGCACCUACGUGCUCACUAUUCCAUUUGACCGUCUUGCAAUGUAUGUACGAGCGCGUACAUGAUAAAUCAUCACAAAGUGCUUCAGAACAGGACCUCGAAGAGUUCAGAUUUAAACCAAAUAGGCAGUCAGUAUAUCCAGAUUUAAAUAACAAAGAUUUACCAGUUCAACCUGAGCAAGAUGCUCCUGAAACAGAUCAGGUAGAACAGCCUCCACAGCAAGAGGAAGAACCAGUAACAGAAAUCCAACCAAACACCCUCGCCGAACACCUUCCAACUCCAGAGAAACCCGGUGAAGAUUGGCAGCCCAUCUUUUCAUCUCAUGCUGGCUUAUUUAUCUUUGAUAAGGCGUCUGAACGCUUUCUCAUGCAAGCCGAACACGUUGAUAUCGAGAUUGUAGAAGCAGGCCGUUUCUUAUACUGGCUUAUCGUUAAGAACCCUGAGGAUGGUCAACUUUGGCUCACUCAACCAAUUGAUUCAACAAUGAACUCAAAAAACGACCUUGAAACAGGAUCAUUUAUGUGGAAUUACUACAACUCAGGUAAAACUCACACUUGGCUCCUCAGAUUCUAUGAAAUUGAUGAAUUUGUGAAAUUCUGCGAGAGAUUUGCUCAGCACAUGUGGGAACAUCUCAAUGAAACUAAAUGGGAGAAAGCCAAGGACGACGAACAGAAGUUUGUUAAACAAUCUCAUGAUCAGGAUGUUGAAAUGCUUGUCAUCGAAGAUGAGGAAGAAGAGGAGCCUGAAGAAGAAGAAGAGUUUGACGAACAAUACCAAGAUGAGCAAGAUGAGGAAGAGGCAGAGAAGCUCAUCAGGGGUGGCGCUGAAGAAGACUCUGACAAUGAAGAACCAAUCAGUAAGGAUCCCAACUCUCUACUCUCCAUGGGAUACACAAAUGAUCGUUCAUUUGUUGUACGUGGUAACAAUAUUGGUGUUUACAAGCAAGGUGAUGAUUCAGUUGACUUUGUUGGUAACAUCAAAGAUAUUGCUCGUCCGAACGGGCAAAUUUUCACGCCUUCACAGAUGAUGCUUCACGGCCAAGAUCGUACCAUGGUUAUGAUGGAUAAAUCCAAUAAAGGUGCCUUAUACAACCUCGACAUUGAAACAGGAAAGGUCGUUGACGAAUGGAAGAUGAAUGAAGGCGUAAACGUCAACAACUUUUUGCCUGAUGCUAAAUUUGCUCAGAUGACACCAAAUCAGACAUUCAUCGGUACAUCUCAUAAUGCUGUGUUCAGAGUCGAUCCACGUCUCAAUGGAAAGGAGAAGAUGGUUGACUCUCAAUACAAGCAAUAUGUUUCAAAGAAUGACUUCUCUGCAGCAACCACUACAGCUUCAGGUAAACUUGCAAUUGCGUCAAAUAAAGGUGAUAUUAGAUUAUUUGAUCAAAUUGGUAAAAACGCAAAGACGCAGUUACCUGCACUUGGUGAUCCUAUCAUUGGUAUUGAUGUAACAAGUGAUGGUAGAUGGAUUAUCGCAACCUGCAAGACCUAUUUGCUUUUGAUUGACACCUUAAUUGGCGCUGGUAGAUACCAAGGUGCAUUAGGUUUCGAUAGAUCAUUCCCGGCCGAUGCAAAACCUAUUCCUCAUAGACUUCAAUUGAAGCCAGAGCAUGUUGCGUACAUGGAUGAAGAGAUCAGUUUCACACCAGCUAAAUUCAAUCAAGGUGAAAGUAUCGACGAGACUAAUAUCGUCACAUCUACAGGCCCUUACGUUGUAACUUUCAACUUUAAGCGUAUAAAGCAAGGUAAACUUGAUGCGUACAAGAUACAAAGAUAUGACGACAAGAUUGUUGCAGAUCAGUUCAAGUUUGGUGGUGAUAGAAAGAUCUUGGCAGUUCAACCACAUAAAGUUAUGCAGCUGGAUAGACGUCAACUUAGUAGACCAUCCAGGCAGUCAAUCAGUACACCAACGAAAUCACUCAAAUCCCGUUCAUCUAUAGUUGAUUCGAGGUAUUAAUCAGAUAGUUUAUAAUGAUAUUUUACGAUACUUUUUAAUAAUGCUUAAUAUGUUAGGCCUUGAUGUUAUAUUCUUGUUGGAAAUCAAUGAAUUCUUUCUCUUUAGUCUUGUAUGCUUCGAUUAAUUGACUUAAUGCUUGUUUUAUACCGGUCAAGUUAGUCGUCAAUGCUGGCAAUACCUCAUCGACAGUUCUUUCUGCUAAAGUACCACCAAUCAUUCUGAAGCAUUUUCUAUUAGGAUCGACCUUCUUUGCUUCUUCUAACGUUUGCACGACUAGCAAAUGCUCCUCUGCGUCUUGCUCAAGUUCACCAAUCUUCUGAGCGACGGAUUGUAGCUCAUUCCUACGUCCAUUGAAUUCGAUUGAUAUUU